CACAACUCUAGUUUUGAGUCAUAGAUCGUCACCAACGUGGAAUGAGUGAGACUGAGAGGACAUGAACUUCAGUGGUGUGGAUGAGAUUGUAAUCGGUUUCUGGAGUAACUGAGCGAGGGCCAUGCCCGAACCAGAAGUAACGACUUUGUACCGAGAGAGUCGAGUGAUGACAUGCGCUUUUUGAGGAGUCUGUGUUGCUGCAACUUCUCCCGGUCGAGAAGUUGGAUCAAGGCUCGACCGGUCCAGCAUCUUUCAUUCUAAGACUGAAAAGAAACUCACGGGAACGAGCAAAGUAACAAAAGAAGUACUUAGAAGAGGAUGGCGAACCUCGUCAAUUGCGUGCAACGACUCGGGUCGUUGCGGCGAAUGAUUAAGGAAAAGCCGAUUGUUCGAGCGAUGGAGUGCCACUCCGGCCUGAGCGCUUUGAUCGCAGAGAAGGCCAAAGCGACUCGCGCAGACGGCAGCGUAGCGGAGUUUGAUGCGCUCUGGUCGUCUUCAUUGACUUCAAGUACGAUCAAAGCAAAACCUGACAUUGAAGUGGUCGACACCACACAAAGGCUGCAAAUCGUGCAGGAUUGCCUCGAGGUAUGACAACUUAGGCAUCUUAAUCUCAAGCAUGGUCGUGUAAAAGCAUAUACUCCAGUAUGAUGAACAAGAUUACUUUGCUUCAUAGAAAUGAGCGAAGUUCCUAAAAUUUCGUAUGCCUCGCUCACUCCCAAAAUGAUCUAAGGUAACGACCAAGCCGAUGAUAUACGACGGUGAUACAGGAGGACUUCCGGAAAUAUUCAAGUUUACUAUUCAAAAACUCGAGAGUCUCGGUGUAUCCGCUUGCAUUAUCGAGGACAAGAGCGGACUCAAGCAGAAUAGUCUUUUCUUAAGUCUCGACUAUCUGUUGGAAAACACUGUCAUUCUCAUAAAGACCCGACUCAUAGCACUUAUUCGAUGUGCGUAUGUUUUCACGAGGGAGCUACAGACUGAACAUGCAUCAACAUUCGAGACCAACAUGCUAGUAGAGUAGGACGAGGAGCUUUAAGGAGGAGCAAGGCCAUUUCUAAUUUUCGGAACGGACCGCAAGCAGCAACUUGCGGAUAUCGCGGAGUUCUCGCAUAAGCUGGCAGUCGGACAGGCCGCGAAAAAGAAUGAGGAGUUUAUGAUCAUUGCCCGACUUGAAGCACUAAUCGCAGGCGCAGGCGAGGAAGAAGCACUCAAGCGCGCAAAAGCCUACAUAGAAGAAGGAAAGGUAAGUGGAUAAAAUCAAGGAGAAUCACACCUGUCUCUGAUACAACUGUAUUGCGAUCCUCCAUCACUUCCUUCGCUUUCAAUUGUCUUACGGCAUAUGUUACAUCGAGCUGGCAUUAUUCCUAGACUCAGAUACCUAGUACUCUCACCACCACCAGGUCGACGGGAUCAUGAUCCAUAGUAAGGAGAAGAAGCCAGAUGAAGUUCUAUCCUUCAUGGAAAGCUACAACAAGUUUCCGAACAAAAAACCGCUCGUUGUCGUACCAACAUCAUACAACAGCCUCACGGAGGACGAGCUUGCGAAAGCUGGAGCGUCAAUAUGUAGACUUAGAAAAUGAUGCUCUUACUUUUGGUUCCAUCUUCUUCACGGAAUCGAAUUUGAUUUUGGUUUUUCUGAUCACUGAAUCUAAGAGUGCAUCAGACGCUGAGAAAAUGACAGUGUUCCACAAGCCGCGUACCAAUAUCUUCAAGUUCAAAGUAAACAUCAACAUAUGUAUUCCGACUACCCACUCCCGCUUAAACAGGUAUCCACGCGAACCACCUGUUGCGUGCGGCAUACCCCUCCAUGGUUGACGUAGCGCAGACCAUUUUGAAAAACGGCAGGUCGAAGGAAGUCGAAGACGCGGACAAGGUCAUGAGCGUCAAGAAAAUCAUUUCACUCAUUGGCGAAUAGAAAUAUCGCGAGAUGAUAAUUUCAGUGAAUAUUUGUGCCGUCUUGGCGGUCGUGUCAAAUGUGCGACGAUGUCGCGCCACAAGUCCCCUUGCGCAGCCCGAUCGGAGAUAUCAAUGAGCCACUGCGCUUCACGAAUACGGUGGAUUGGGAAACGUCAUUUGCGUUUUACUAGUACUAGUAAAAGCCAGAAGACUUUCGAGAUUUUUUGAGGACACCACUCUUCUAGUUCCUAGGCAUCACCAACAUUAACCAGAGCAUUUUUAGAUUCAUUUGUGUGCCAAAAUCACAAAAACCGCUCCCAAUGUGACACUUCCUCAUCCUCGAUAAACAGUUUCCCCAUAUGCUACACGUUUCUACGACGUCGCAGCUCACUGCAGCGAAAAACUGGUAAUUGAUGUGGAUACGCCUUCUUGUAACUGCUCUAUUCAAGCCGUUUUAGUGUGCGAGCGAGCUAGCUGCAGCAUGACGUGACCGG